AUCAAAGUGUAACGCUUUGACCACAUGUGCGUGGAUGCUGCUCUCUUUGUUUCCUGUGUUUAUAGCUGGACAUGCAUUAUUUAACGGCACCUCAGUUCAGACUGUUCAUCGAGGAAUGUCAGUCAAUAUCAGCUGUAACUACAAACCAGCAACUGACAGUGAUGACAUAGUGGAACUGAAAACUAAUGGUACAUUGUGCUGCUCAGCAAUGAACAGUAACAAAUUAUGGAUAUAUCGGCCAUGUAGAAAUCACUUUAGAUUUAUUUGGAUUCCAGAAACUGUGCAAAUGGCAUUUGAGAUAUCAAAUCUGCAGAUAAAUGAUACUGGCACUUACAAAUGUGUUGUGACGAGAGCUAUACCACCUCCUUCUGUGCUUUUGAGAGAAGAAAGAACAUUUGUUCAAGUGAUUGCACGCCCCGUUGUGUCUGUGUCACAUGUAAGAGCAUUGGGUGGAUUUCCCACGAUCCUGUGCAGCUCUGAGGGGUUUUACCCUUCUGCUCUAGAGCAGCUGUGGAUGAGAAAUGGAGAAUUUCAGAACGCUUCUCUCACACACAGCACUACCAAAACCAACCCAGAUGGAUCAUUCACCCUCCAUUCAUACCUGAAUAUAUCUGACUGUGUAACCUACUCGUGUUGGGUAAACCACUCAUCCCUGAGCCAACCAAUAAUACUCCACAUGUCUCCUGAUUGUUACGGGAACAGAGAUAAUGUAUGGAUAGCUCUGGUGACCUCUGUGCUGCUGAUUCUCACCAUACUGAUUAUCACGGCUGUGUGUGAGCAUUCCAGAAGAGCACAUCACAGGUCUCAUGUAAGAGUGAAUGUCACACCUGAGCCUGAUCUCCAAUCUCACCUGCAGUAUGACAUAUAUUCAUUGUUGGGUGACCAUCGUCCAGUUCCAUGCAGCCCUGUCAGAGUUCGCUCAUCUCCACAGUGAACACCAAAUGUUUUACACUGAUAGAUUUUACAUUGAUAGAUAUCCAGAUCCAUUUCUAUCUUAUUCAAUAACCUGAUACCAAAUUUGUGCAUGUAAUAUAUAAUUUCUGUAUGAUUAUUUAACCUUCCAUUAACAUCUUGUUGACUGUAUAUACAGUAUGUUGACAGAGUAUAUGACACAAAAUAUAAGACCUGUGUUCAUUGCCAGCUUCAGCACGUAAAAACCAAUUA